AUGCAGGUCGCAGAUGUCGUGGCAGACUACCCUCCAGGACAGCAAGGCAUCGAUGGCGGAGGCUUUGCAGUGAAAGGCCAGGGAGAGGAGUACCUGUAUAUCCAGUAUGAGAGUUUGAAGAGGGGUCACCGAGACGAUGUUGAAUUUGCCGUCACGCCGGGAACCCCCAAGGACGCCAAGGAGGGUGGCCUAUUGGUCAGGAGCUCGAGCCGGCAGGGCGGGUUCGACUACGGCGUCAAUGCGAUUCGGCUGAAUCGUCUCGCCCAGGACCUCAUGAAGAAGGGCGGCUGGCAGAUUGAGCUCAUUGAUGCCAAGAAUCAUGAGCGAUACUGGAGCAAGAACUGCCAAGCCGGGGAUCGGCGAAAGGCGCCCUUCAUCGUCCGGAAGAAGUUUCCGGAGAUGUGCAAGGGCAUCCCGGAGGAUGCAUGA